AUGCCGUAUGCUUCAGGCAAACAGGCCGCCUUAAUGUGGUACAGUGAGAUAGAGAUGAUGCGCUUUGGGGCCAACGAGCAGAUGCAAUCCGGUAAGCAAUCGGCUUCUUUUUGGUGGAGACAGGUUGAUUAUUGUGAGAGGACUUUUUCCAGGAGACUGUCUGCAUUGACCAAACUACCAUAUCCAAGUCUCCUAAAAUGUCAAUAG